AUAUCUCUUUCCAAGAAUUAGUUAACCCAAGCGACAAAAUGCUUAUAAUAAACUCAUUAUAUUUUAAAGCUUAGUAGUGAAUAUUUUUUUAUGUGCAAUUAGCUCUUAGAAUACACAGAGCGGUCAUGGCGUUCUUAUUAGUGGUGACUACCCGUUUAUUCGAAAAACAAUGACGACAUUGAAAUUGAGCAUAAAAUCCGAGCUGAGGUGCCAGUGCCCCCUGCAGCCAUUUGUUUGGGUCUUAUUUCGAGACCCCGCGAUAUUGAUAGGUGGCGAAUGAGGGAUUCGACGUGGGGCCAGGUAAUGAGGAAGCCGAAACAGGUUUUCUCGGAUUUAACCGUUGGGCGGACCGAGUGCGUCGAGGUAAAUGGUUAGUCAGCAUCAGCCCUGUCCGCGUACCCACAUUAUGGACAAAUUGUUUGCUCAUAUUCGCCGCUAUUGAAAGUGGGCACGUACGGCCCGAGCGACAAGCUUUAACCGAAGACAGGUAGUCAGGGUCAUGUUUAUGUGCGCUGCUGGUAAUGAUGAUGAUGCCGACGAUCGUGCUGAUAAGGUCACCGGGUGCGCCGCCCCACGUCUCCUCUCUGAAUCCACAGAUCAUCAUGUUGCAACGCUGCUGGCGUCUCCCCAAGCCGCUGGCCCUGCGACGAAGUCUUACUCUCGGCCAGGUGGAUAGCCAAGCGGUGGCCGCAGAAGCGCCCGAGGCGGAGCCCCAAGAUGCAUUCGAGCGUCAGUACCUCAGGGAGCGCAUAGAGAUAUCGCCUUUCCAGCGGCUGAUCCUGGGAGCAGGCUCCUCCAUUGCUGCGCUCAUAAAUCCAAGACGGCACGACAUGAUCGCCUGUCUGGGCGAGACGACUGGCGAGGGUGCCCUCUUGAACAUCUUGGACACCAUGCAGGCCAGCGAGGAGGGCCAGCGCAUCAUGGCCGAAAAGCCCCGCAUCCACACGAGCACUGUUGACUUCAAGUACCUGGAAAAACUGCCACCAGAUACCUUUGGAGCUGCUUACGUCAAGUUCCUGAAAGAUAAUCAAGUCACGCCGGACAGUCGCAUGGCCGUGCGGUUUCUGGAGGACCCCAAGCUGGCCUACUUGAUGACGCGCUACAGGGAAUGCCACGACCUGAUCCACACUGUGCUGGACAUGCCCACCAACAUGCUCGGCGAGGUGGCCGUCAAGUGGGUGGAGGCUCUGAACACGGGACUGCCCAUGUGCUACGGAGGCGCGGUGUUCGGAGCUGUGCGCCUACGUCCCAAGCAGAGACGUGCGUACUUGAAGAGCUAUUUGCCCUGGGCCCUGGAGAAUGGCAAGCGAACCAAGCCCUUGAUGCCCGUCUACUGGGAGAAGCGCUGGGAGCAGAACAUCCACGAGCUGCGCUCCGAACUGGGCAUUAAUGUGUUGAAUAAAGCCUGAUAAGGAGUUUUAUUUUUAAA